AUGUCAUCCUCAGCAACGUUAACUCCAGAGACAAGUUCAAUAAAUAUUUCCGACUAUUCCCAAGACGAUUUUGUGCAUCAUACUAAUAAUAAUAAUAGUAAAGUUCGUUACUUAAUUGCUUCAUUUGAUGAAGAGAAAAUUGAAUAUAAAUGCGAGUGUAAAUCAUGUAUUGAAAGUCGUAAAUAUAGUAGGUUAUUAAUUAGGUCAUUUUGGAUAGGUAUAGUGAUACCUUUUAUAUGGAUUAUUUCAUUGGGGGUUAGUCUAUAUUUACAAUAUUGGCUUAACCAUGAAGUUCAUCAUGAUAAUUUGAGUGAAGAGGAGUUCCCUACUGUUUUCGAGAAUGAACGAUAUUCAAAACGAAGUCAAUUGAAAUUGUCUAAGAAUACAGUAAGGGAGAUGACAGAUUUAAAGGCGGAAGAAAAAUCAAGGACAAAUAACUUUGAUAUAAGUAUAGGAAAUAAUAAAGUUGAGAAUAAUAAUAAUAAUAAUAAUGAUGAUGAUGAAUAUAAAAAAAUGAAGUAUGAAUACUUGAAGAAAGUAGUUGAAGGAAUUGUUGAUGACCAUGAUAUUUUGAGGCAGUCUUAUAGAACAUGGAACUUAAGAACUAUUGGUGCUAUACUUGUUUAUGUUAUAGUUAUUGUCAUAGUUGUAGUUCUAUGUAUACAUCAUAGUUCAAAUGAAAUGAAGUUCAAAAGACAAUUUAUAAAAGACAUCAUAAACUAUUGCUAA